UUGGUUUAAAUGAUCUGUGAAUGGGCUUUUUGGGGGAUGCGCUUAUAUUAUAUGUCCAUCCAUCAAAUUACAAUCUCCCAUCUUGUUUGUUGUUCUUACAACCUAUCACCUGAAUAUAUGAAAGGACUCUUGUGGUUAACUCAAGUACUUGUACAUAUAAUACGGGCAAAGCUGGGGAGAAGUUUUGAGGCUGUUGUUAUUACUUUAGCUGUUUAGUUGAAUAUGGCUGAGAAUUCUACUGUGCGCUUAGGUUUGCUCAAUUCAAAUUUGAUUGCCGACAUCCUUAUCUAUCAUCAGUUUGACUCAUUAUACCCACUAGGGUUUGCUAUCUUCAGGUGGCCAAAUAUUUCAUGGAUUCUGUUGCAUUAUUCCCAGUGGACAAUGGAUUUAAUAGGAGUCACAUUACAGCUGGAAAGGAACAUGAACUUCCUCUUUCACUUCUCGACGCUGUUAUUGUACUUGUUAACUCAUGUAAUGUCAAGCAAUCGGAAAGAGUUCCAUCUGACCUCUCUGAAAGUUUCUUGUUCCUUUUGAAAGAGCUGUGGACUAAACUGCAUCCUAGAAUGUACAACUCUUUGGUGUGCAGCCAGCAAAAAGACUUGUUAAGCAAUAUGACAGUCAAUGAUCUGGCGGAGAGCAUUUUCAGACUUUCGACCAGAGUCAAAUGUGCCACUUUUCUGCCAAUUGAUCAAAUCAAAAGAAGCAUUUUUGGGUUACCUCAGUCUAGUUUCAAGGAUUUUAUUGCGGGCUAUUGGGAAGUUUCACCUUUUCUCAUAAGCAAGACCACAAGGGCUUUGGAUGAGGAGGAUAUAUUUAACUCUUUUUUGAAUUCCAUUAAUCCUAAAGAUGUUGUUCACCAUCUUCUCUCUUCUGUCCUCCAUUGUGCAGUCUCCUGCCCACCUAUUGCUUCUGAUGAGCUGGACAUCCUCAAUUUCCUAAAAAACGAGAGAGAUAGCUUGGGUAUGCCCAUAAUCUACCAGCAGGAUAUAAGGGUGCUAAAAGCAGAGAGACUCUCUAACACUGAGAAACAUCUUUUCCUCGAGAGCUUGAGUUCUUGCACUGAGUCUCAUCAUGUUUUUAGCUUUGAUGAUGUAUUCACAUGUGAAGAAGCGUACAAAGAUGGUUAUACAGUGGCCAUGCGUGGUAUAGAGUUCCGCUUUAAGUCCAUCGCUGCUAUCACUGAAGGCUUAGCGUCUUUGUUUGGUCAACCGUCUGUAGGUGCCAAUCUAUACUUGACACCACGCAAUUCUCAGGGGUUGGCACGGCACUACGAUGAUCAUUGUGUGCUUGUGUGUCAACUUAUGGGAACGAAACAGUGGACAAUUUCCUCUCCAAGGAAUAAGCUUUUACCUCGUUUAUAUGAGCCGCUUGAUGGUUCCCAAGGUUCAAAUGUUCAUACUGUACCAAAUGAAUGUACACAAAUUCUGCUCAAGGAAGGAGAUAUAUUGUACAUUCCUAGAGGUUACAUUCACGAGGCUCAUACUACUAAUGAUGUACAAAAAGAUUCUGCUGGUCUUUCCUUACACCUAACACUUGCCAUUGAGGUUGAAGCUCCAUUUGAGUAAGUUCUUGUUUGCACGGUUUUUUGUUUGAUUAAGUGAGAAGUCCUGAUAUCCAUUUUUUCUUAUGCUUAUCGUUAUGAUGUAAAGUUUGCAUUUUGUAGAGACUCUUUUCAUAUGCCAUUCUGAGAUUUUAAC